AUGAUUCUUCCACAUGUAUCACCAGAAACAGCAAAUCCGUCUACAUCGAGCCUUCAGACGUCGCUCACGGAGGAGGCCGAUAUCAUGAGACAGAACGAAGAAGAGAACAAUGUUGCCAAGGAAAAAGAGGGCUCCGUCUCCGACUGGAUCACGGGGGGCCCGAUCGGCUCCAAAGCGGCCGUCCUCGUGUUCAGAUCCUGCGUCCUCGCCUCCCGCACGCCCUCAAUGGAGUCGGCCACGAAAACCGUCGGCAACAACACGGGCAACAACAUCUUGCUAAACAAAGCCAAGAACAUGGCCAAAAGACUGGUAUCCGAGCCGCACUCGUUCAGCGUUAGACCGAAAAACAUAAUGCACGACGUGAUGGAGACGUUCGGCACCGGCAACAAGUUCGCCGGGCAGGCGUACGUCGUGAGGCACGUCAGCAACAGCGAUGUGCCGGAGUCGGUUCCAGUGGAGGAGCAGGGCCACGAGGCGGCCGAGCACAAGAGGGACAUCGACGACGUGCUCAACGACCUGGACAAGAUCACGCUGAAGAAGCACCUGGACAUCGAGAACACCACAGCCAACAUCAAGCCCCCAGAUCCACCUCCAGUUGAUAAAGAGAACAAAGAAGAUAGGAAGAUAAAGAAAACCAAAGCGAAGAACAGGCGAAAAUCGCCCCAAAUCCUACGAGCUUUGUCACCUCAGGACAGCGAAGACUCUGAAAACUUAUUAGUGAAAGUUGACAGUGUUAAGGUGUUAGAAAGCAGCCACAUGCCAGCUAGGAUCCUAAAGAUCACCUACAAGCUGGUCAAUACGGAGACCAAACUCCUUCAUCGGUUACUGCAGGCGCACGGAUUGCAAGAAGCAACAGGGGACUCAAAAGACUUCAAUUUAAUGUGGGCAGGAUUACAUCCGAAACCUGACCUUUUGAGAUCCCUGAGCCCCUAUCAGAGGGUUAAUCACUUCCCACGAUCGUACGAGUUGACCCGCAAGGACAAGUUGUUCAAAAACAUAGAGAAGAUGCAAUACUUCCGCGGCGUGAAGAACUUCGACUUCAUCCCCACAACAUUCCUCAUGCCUACGGAAUACAAGGAGCUGUUGACGACACAUUAUAGGACGAAGGGACCGUGGAUCGUCAAGCCGGCCGCCUCCAGUCGAGGCAGGGGUAUCUACAUAGUAAACAACCCGGAGCAGAUCCCCAAGGGGGAGAAUGUUGUGGUGGCGAAGUACAUCGACAAGCCGCUCCUGAUCGGCGGCCACAAGUGCGACCUGCGGCUGUACGUGUGCGUGACGUCGGUGGACCCCCUGCUGAUCUACCUGUACGAGGAGGGGCUCGUGCGCUUCGCCACCGUCAAGUACGACAAGAGCAACAAGAACCUGUGGAACCCGUGCAUGCACCUGUGCAACUACAGCAUCAACAAGUACCACACGGACUACAUCAAGUGCUCGGACCCGCUGGCGGGCGACGUGGGCCACAAGUGGACCCUGUCGGCGCUGCUGCGCACGCUGCGCGCGCAGGGCCGCGACACGCGCGCGCUCAUGGCCGCCGUCGAGGACCUCGUCGUCAAGUCGGUGCUCUGCUCCGCGCACACCAUGGCGGCGGCCGCGCGCGUCUUCGUGCCCAACCUCUUCAACUGCUUCGAACUCUUUGGCUACGACAUCUUGAUUGAUGACAAUCUGAAGCCGUGGCUUUUGGAAAUAAACCUAUCGCCCAGCCUCGCGUGCGAGAGUCCGCUGGACGCGCGCGUCAAGUCGGCGCUGUUGGCGGACACGCUGACGCUGGUGGGGCUGCCCGCCGUGCCGCCGCCCACCGGCGACGCCGCGGGCCACAUCAACUCGCUGCGCAUGCGCAUCGGGGCGUGCCGGCGAGUGCACUCCGCCGAGAACGUGUGUGUGCGGGGGCGCUCCGGGGGCGGAGGGGGCGCGGGUGGCGGUGGGGGCGGAGGGGGCGGUGGGGGCGCGGGGCUGGCGGGCGAGGAGCUGCGCAUCGUGCGCGCCGUGCGGGCGCAGUAUGCACGCCGCGGCGGCUUCGUGCGCAUCUUCCCCUCGCAGAACUCCUGGCAGAAGUACGCGCAGUACCUAGACCCAGUGACGGGGCUGCCCGUGUGCUCCACCUCGGCGAGCAGCAGCGCGCCGUACGCGGCGCUGCAGCACAACUACAACCUGCUGGUGCACGCGCACGUGCUGCCGCACUUCCGGCAGGCGGCCGCGCACACCGAGCCCGACGUGGACGUCGACUCGCCGCAGAGGCUGCGGCGCUACGAGGCGGCGGCCAUCGCGGGGGCGGCGCCCUGCGUGCAGCUGGCCGAGAGCGCGCCUCCGCCGGGCGACGCGCGCCGCGCCAAGGACCUGCUCAAGCGACAGCUGCUCGACGGCUUGCGCCUCACGGCGAGCGAGGGGCGGCGCGCGUUCGGGCUGUACCUGACGCACGUGCUGAAGCGCGUGUCGAGCCCCGGCCGCGAGCUGUCGGUGCAGCACGCGCAGCUGGUGGCGCGCUUCCUGCGCCGCGCCGCCGCCACGCUGCGCAUGCCCUACUACGUGCAGAGCCCGCCGGCCAAGAUGUGCGACAAGGACCGCUGCGCCGUGGUGGCGAAGCAGCUCAACGACUUCCUGUACCUGUACUGCCGCGACGCAGACCUCUGCGCCGACCCCGACCGCCGCGAGGGCUGCGUCUCUAACAUCCACUUCGCGCAGUUCCUCUGCUCGGCCAGCGAGGCGGACCUGGAGGACGUGCUGCUGCUGGUGCUGAAGAUGGAGAAGCACGUGACGCCGUUCCUGGGCGACGCGCGCAACCCGUACUGCGUGGACCUGCCGCCGGAGAAGCUGGCGGCGGAGCGGCCGGCGCGCCACUCGCUGCUGCGGCUGCUGGCCGCGCUGGCGCCGCUCAGCACGCGCCGCUUCCGCCCAGCGCCGCCCGCCCCCAGCUCCCACGUG